ACUCCUCCCCGCCAACCCCCCUCGCGUCGCCCACGACUCGUCGUACACCCGGUCCUCCCUCCUCCGCUCGCUGAGUUCGUUCCCCUCCCCCUCUCCCCGAUCGCGCAGCUGCGACGAAACCCUAGCGGCGAAUUCCCCCGCGGGAUCGAGGAUUCCAAGGUUCCGAUCGGGGGCGAGCGCGGGAGCCGCAUUCCGGGAGCGGGGGAUGGCGACCUGCCGCAAGAUGGCGCGCGUCGACGUCGCCGAGCUCAAGCAGCGCCUGGUGAAGCGGCUCGGCAGGCAGCGGGCCGGCAAGUACUUCGCGCACCUCACCAGGCUGCUGAAUCUGAAGCUCACCAAGGUGGAGUUCGACAAGCUGUGCUUCGCCACCAUAGGCAAGGAUAACAUCGCGCUGCACAACGCGCUCAUCAGGGGGAUCAUCAGCAAUGCGCUGUCGGGGGUGCCGCCGCCGAGUCGGCAGGCCGUCACGGGGCAGUCGGGGACGACCACCGCCCCGAGCGGGCAGUGCGUGGGCGUCGCGCUGCCGGUGGUGGGGAAUGUGGGGGCGGUCGUGGAUUCUGGUGAUGGCGAGCUGGCGAGGGAGAGGGGGGCGCCGGUUGGGAAGGUGGUGUCUGUGGAGGAUGGGGAGGAGGUGGAGCAGGUCAGGUCUGCUCCGUGCGUCCAGAGUCGGAGCCCGAUAACGGCGCCAUUGGGGAUCUCUGUGGCAGGGAGCAGUGGUCUGAGGAUGCGGAGGAGGAUGGAUGAUCCGGCGCCGUCGUGCUAUGAUUCUGGCCAUUUGCUGGACACGGCUACUUUGUGCGAGGGGUUGAAGAGAAGGUUGCACAGUGAUGGCAUUGGAGUGACGGUGCAGGGUGUUGAUGCUUUGAAUCGUGGAUUAGAUGAGUUCUUGAGAAGGUUGAUUAAGCCGUGCAUGGAUUUGUCAAGAGUGAGAGCCAGCAGUAGAAGAAUUGGUAAAGUCAAUGAGAAGUUUACUGGUAGAAUGAAUGGCUUGCAACAACCAAAUCUGGGUUAUUCUACAACCUUGCAAGAUUUUGCAGUUGCUGUUCAAUCUGAUCCACAUUCGCUUGGUCCAAAUUGGCCCACACAAAUCGAGAAGAUACAGACAAUGUCAUUUGGAGGAGAAUGAACCAGAUUGCCCUGUAGUCGAUGAACCUCUCAAAACGAGAUGCAGUUUGCUGGCAGUGAAGUAAAUGAAGCGGCAGACAAACAACAGGGCUACAAAAUCCGAGUAUUGCAGUACUCAUGAGCAAGAAAGUCCAAGGCCUUACAAGCGAACAAAUGGAGUUGUAAUGGACAGUUUAGCAUAAAUUCUUUCUUGGGAAUAUAUAGCCAUCAAUAAUAAAUCGAAGAAUCAAUAGGGUUGGCUGAUGUCCUGAUCAAGCUGAGCAACUCGUCGACAUAUAUACCCUCAGUUCUUGGCACAAAAAGCAUGUUCUCAUAGUACUUUAGAGAUUUGUUGUGAUGUUGUAAUAGAGCAUUUUUCCCUUGUUACAAACUCAAUUGGAAUCAUUUUUCGCAGUGAUCAUAAGCCGAUGCCUUCAAUGGCUCAUUGCUCUUGUACAUUAUAUUCAGAUUAUGGCUAUGACUCCUUGCAAUUAGGAUACAAGUUUUUCCCCGGUUGAAUAAAUAUAUAAGCUUUGUUUGCUCAA